CGACCACCCCGAUCGCCUACUUUCGCCCACCAUCCGCCUCUCUCGACAUCUCGGCUGCUUCCUUCACCAUGAAGUGGUCUCACCCCAAUGGGCUGGCCUUGCCCAUCCUCUCCACGCUCUUCCAAUGGGCCUCGUGCCGCGUGGUCGACUUCCGACUCGACCUGACAUGGGAAGAUAGUAACGUCGCCGGCAUCUCGCGCAAGGCCAUCUUCACCAAUGGACAAGUGCCUGGACCGGCCCUCCGGGUGCUCCAGGGCGACCAGGUGCGAGUGAUGGUCAACAACUCGAUGCCCUUUGCCACCACCAUCCACUGGCACGGCAUCGCCCAGUAUGGCACGCCCUGGUCCGACGGCGUCCCGGGUCUCAACCAAGCCAUGAUCGAGCCUGGGGAGGAGUUUGGCUACGAGUGGACGGCGACGGAUUACGGCUCCUACGCCUAUCACGCCCACACCCGGGCGCAGAUGGACGACGGUCUCUAUGGUGCCAUCUAUGUGGAACCCAGUGCCGACGUGGAGCGCCCGUUUAGUCUCAUCAGCAGCCUCCCGGAGGAUCAAGAUGCCAUGCUGCAGGCGGAGAAGAACACGCAUCCCAUCAUGCUCUCCGACUGGCGGUCCUUCACCUCGGAGGAGACCUUGCAGAUCGAAGAGGACUCGGGGGUGCAGGCCUACUGUGCCAGCUCCAUCCUCAUCAAUGGCAAGGGCGCGGUGAUCUGUCCCCCGCAGGACCAUAUCAACGAUCUGACCCGUUCGGGCGAGCAGAAUGCCCUGGGCAAUAACACCAUGUCGGACAUGGGUUGCAUGCCUCCCCUGCCGGCCCGCCUGGGCUUCUUCCCAUUCAAUAUCACGAAAAUCCCCACGGGCUUCUAUCAGGGCUGCGUACCCACCCAAGGGGAACAGGAAGUGCUGUCCGUCGACCCGGCCUCCGGCUAUGUCAGCUAUGACUUGAUCAGCAUGACCGGCACCUCCAACCUCGUCUUCUCCAUCGACCAGCAUCCCAUGUACAUCUACGCCGUCGACGGGCAAUACGUCGAGCCCCUGAUGGUCGAUGCCAUCAACGUGUACGCGGGCGCACGCUUCUCCGUCCUCGUGAAGCUCAACCAAACGGUGGGCCAAUACACGGUGCGCGCCGCCAACAAGUUUGCCAACCAGAUCAUCAACGGCACCGCCAUCAUGUCCUACACCGGCGCCGAUCCCACCAUCACCAACACCUCGUCCCCGUAUAUCAACGAGCUCGGCACGGCCGCCGAUCGCGACCGCUCCGUCAUCAUCCUGGACGAGGCGAAGAUCGUUCCCUUCGCGGCGGAUCCCCCGGCGCCAGUGCCCGACCAGACCCAAAUCCUCAACGUGAACCUCUAUAAUGCCUCCUACCGUUGGGUCCUGGGCGAGGCCAGCUACCCCAUGUCCAACGAAGACCUCAGUCCCGUCAUCUUCAACUACAGCUCCAUCCCCGCGCAAUAUACCAUCACCACCAAGAACAACACCUGGGUGGACCUCAUCUUCAACAUGACCACCAUCGGCCAGCCCCAACACCCCAUCCACAAGCACUCCAACAAGUUCUACGUGCUCGGGUGGGGCGACAGCGCCUGGAACUACUCCUCCGUGGCCGAAGCCAUGGAGUACAUCCCGGACAGUUUCAACCUACAGAAUCCCCAACGGCGCGACACCUUCCAGACGCCGCCCUCCACUCCGAACAAGAGCUGGUUGGCCCUGCGCUACCAUGUGGUGAACCCAGGGCCCUUCUUCAUCCACUGCCAUCUGUCCAUGCACGAGAUGGGCGGCUUGGCCCUGGCCAUCCUGGACGGCGUGGAUGCCUGGCCCACCGUGCCGGACCGAUACCAGUUGCCGGUGGUGGCGGAUGAUCCUACCACGCAUCAACUGAUCAGUCAUCCCAAGUUUGAUUAAUCGCCCUAGUCUUAGUGAUUGCCCUUCCUAUUUCACCCCCCCCUCCCUUCUAUUGCAUCCGCCGAUGAGGCGCAGGCGUCAGCGGCUGUCAUUCUGCAUCUUCGGCAUCCGGUGUUAUCUCAUUGUUUGCAUCUUCUUUGAUAAAAAGAUUUUCAUUCCUGGCGUUGGAUAUGGACUGUUUUUUUUAUUACACGUGGGUUGUUGCUUUCAUGGCGUUACUUCAGACUCUGCAUCUAUCAUGGCAUUUAAUCAU